GUCACUUGCAAUUCACUGCAACCCACAAUUCUCUCACACUGCUUUUCAUCUCUAGCCAUUGAUAAAGUUGUAGAAGAGAGAAGGAAAGAAGCAGAGAGAGAGCAAGAAAGGAAGAAAAUAGGUGCAAAAUAAUCCCCCAAGGGUUGGUGUGGAGGCAAUGGCCACCUUUGCAGGAACCACACAGAAGUGCACGGCCUGUGAGAAGACGGUGUACCUGGUUGACAAGUUAGCGGCCGAUAACCGGGUCUACCACAAGGCCUGCUUCCGAUGCCACCACUGCAGGGGCACCCUCAAGCUAAGCAACUACUGUUCUUUCGAGGGGGUCCUAUACUGCAGGCCUCAUUAUGAUCAACUCUUCAAGCGAACUGGCAGCCUGGACAAGAGCUUUGAAGGAACACCCAAAAUCUUGAAACCUGAAAAACAUGUUGAGAGCACGAAGGCAGUCUCAAAUUUGUUCGGGGGCACCAGAGAGAAAUGUGUGGGGUGCAAUAAGACAGUUUAUCCAAUUGAGAAGGUUACGGUUAAUGGGACUGCAUACCAUAGGAGCUGCUUCAAAUGCACCCAUGGAGGUUGCACCAUAAGCCCAUCCAACUACAUUGCCCAUGAAGGAAAGCUCUACUGCAAGCACCACCACAUCCAACUCUUCAAGGAGAAAGGGAACUACAGCCAACUUGAGAGCGACCGAGAAAAGAAUCUAAUGUCUGAGAAAGUCACAGCUGUGGAAAUUGCUGCUGAAUCAUAACCAUUUCAAUAACUUCUCAUGUAGCACCCACCCUUCCCCUAUAGUUUGAAAUGGUGUCUUGCUUGUAAAAUAAGGUCUGUCUUAUGAACUUCCGUCAUAAAACUUGUGGACUUUCAGAUGUGCUGUUGUGGAUUUGAUUUGGAAAGUUGAGUUCUUGUAAAAUGUCCCUGUUGUGAUGUGUUUCAUGCCUUCAGCAUCUGCAUACAAUAUGAAGUUUUCCCGCGGCUUGAAAUA